CCGUCAAACUACUUCCUGGUUCUGUCCGGUUUGGUUUGUUUUGGAAGCGAAGUGCGUUCAAAAGUAAAGUUUUCAAAGUUGUGAAAUGGGAAGUUACGUUCGCUGUGAUUAUUGCAAACACUGAAGAAUUAAAUAAAAUUAUAAAAAAUGUCUGGGGAAGUGAGGAGACGCCGACUUCCGAAGUAUUAUUUGGUGACUAUCGAUAUGAAGGUGCGAGAUGGUAACACGGACGGCUCUGUUUGGGUGCGGAAAGGAUCCAUUUGCGUGGAGCAGGACAAUGGCCCGAACCAGGGGGAAUACCAGUGGGUUAAGGUGCUGGACCUCAGAGCAACGUUAAAACUAGAUAGGAAGUUUCUGCUGGAAGUGACACCAGACCUGGGCGGUUUGUUGGAGCCAGUGGAUAUAGAGCAGCGCCUCAGACUCCUCGAUAACCCAGGGACGCUGACCCAGUUGGCCACCCUGCCUGAGGGCACUCCUCUGUGGGUCACCAUGGGAUCGGACGAUCUGGUCGAGGCUGUGCUCAAAUACGUCGGACCUGUGUCUUCUGGGAGCACUGCUGUCUACUUUGGAGUCCAACUCAGGGGCUCUGCUAAAGGCCGUGGUCUGAGUAACGGCUCUUAUAACGGGCAGCAGCUGUUCCAGUGCCCUGAAAACUGUGCCCUCUUCGUCCCAGUGAGUCACAUUAAGCAGAGACAAUGGUCCAGAUCACCUCGGCACAGCCCCGAAGACCAGCACGACCGUGCCAGGGUCAAAAGUCACGCCAACCGCCGCAGCAAUGGGACUAGCAACCACCCCAGCAACGGGACCAGCAAUCACAGUAAUCACCAUAGUAACGGUAACCAAGACAAACUCUCCAGACGUAUUACCCUGCACCAAUCCCAGCACACGGCUCCCAAACCCAGCUCUCCUUUGGGCAUGGCUCCCAAACCCAGCUCUCCUUUGGGCAACCUCUCCCGGACCACAGACCCUGCUCCCUUUUCCAGAGGAUCCACGCCUCCCGGGUCUCUCCAGGCAGGGCAGAGAGUCCACGUGUCCAUCGACGACACAGUUCGAGCGGGCGAGGUGCGUUGGUGCGGCCUCCUGCCUGGACGGUCCUCUGAAGGGCUCCAUGUUGCAGUACAGCUGGACGAUCCAGUUGGACAGUGGAAUGGAUAUAUUGGCAAUCAGAAACUUUGCACUUUUACAUCUCCUGAAUAUGGAGUUCUACGGCCAAUCAAACAAGUGUCUGUUGUUUCGGAGCCAAAACAGAACCUUCUCAUCACGUCCACCCAAGCCAUCAAGUCCAUGUUUAAGAAUGCGCUGCCCCCAGGUGUCCACAAACUAUCAACGAGUCCGACCUCACUAUCUCCAUCUGGUCUGCCCACAACUCCUACCACAAGAACUGCCUUAAUAUCCUCAAAGUUCAAACUGCCCCCCUUACCACCUUCAAAACCUGGUCAUAAACCACCUCCGCCCCCUCUCAAAAUAAACAACCCUGGAAAUCCCAUAGAAACAGACCAAAUAUCAGUGAAUAACAGGACCCACAGUCCAUUAAUGCCUCAGGGAGCCCAGGAGGAUCUAGAGGAUGUAGGGGACAAUGUGGAGGACCAUACUCAGGAAAAGGUGCAGCGGAGCAAGGUGGAACUCGGUUUGGGGUCAAUGGUGGAGGUGAACGACCCUGCUCAAUACGGAGUGAUCAGGUGGAUCGGACGCAUUCGUGGAACACGUGAGACUGUGGCUGGAAUAGAGUUGGAGCAGGAGCUGUCUGCGGGCACAGAUGGCAGUUACCUUGGAGAGAGAUACUUUCACUGUGCUCCAAACAAAGCUCUGUUUGUGAAGCUGAGGAAAUGCAGACGAGACUCGCGCUUUCCUGAGCCUGAGACGCCUGUCAAUCAAGUGGAGCGCUGCAAUUCCAUAGCGUUUGCAGAGUGGGGCAGUGAGCGCGUUGAAGACCUCACUCCUCCAGUAGAGGGCAACGAGGCGCGGGACCUGUAUCAGGGCUGGAAGCGAGGCAUCCAAGGUCACCUGAACUCCUGUUACCUGGAUGCUACGCUCUUCAGUCUGUUCUCUUGCUACAGUUCGGCCGAUUGGGUUUUGUUUUGGCCGAUAGACGCUGAAAAAGACCCGAGCUCCAGUCAAGCUCAAGAUCUGCUUCGCUGCGAAAUCGUCAACCCACUGAGAAAAUUUGGUUAUGUUUGUGCCAGUAAGACCAUGGCCUUGCGGCGACUCUUGGAAGCAGCCAAUAGUGACACAGGAUUCACAAAUGAGGAAAAAGAUCCAGAGGAAUUUCUCAACAAGCUUUUCCAGCUCCUCACAGUCGAGCCACUCCUAAAGAUCAGGUCCAUGUCCCAGCAGCCUCAGGAGUGUCACCUGUACCAGUUGUUCCCUCCAUCCCUGCCCCCCUCUCCUUCCUCUCUACCCCAGGAUGAUGCUCCUCACUCCCCCAUCGCUCUGCUGUCUCCCGCCUCUGGACGCAUGAGGGUUUCCAGUGUCCAGGCUCUGCUCGAGUCCUCCUUCUACAACUCACGCCUAAAGUUUGUUGAGGCUCCCUCCUGUCUCCUGCUGCUGAUGCCCAGGUUUGGGAAAGACUUCAAAAUGUACGACGCCAUUUUGCCUUCACUCACCAUCGACAUCACAGACCUCCUUGAUGAUACUCUGAGGCAGUGCAGCAUCUGUGAGUCUGUGGCUGCGUGGGAGUGUCCUCAGUGCUACGAUGACCCCGAUAUAACGCCCGGGCAUCUCAAACAGUACUGCUCCACCUGCAACACUCAGGUGCACAGUCAUAAGAAGCGCUCGGCCCACAGCCCUCUGAGUAUCACUGUGCCACAGGAGCUCAACAGCGCCCCCCUCCGCUGCACCAGGCAGCGCAUGUCUCUGUUCGCCGUCACCUGCAUUGAAACCAGUCACUAUGUGAGCUUUGUGCGCCACGGCACUGCCCCUCAGGACUGGCUGUUCUUCGAUAGUAUGGCAGACCGCGAGGGCGGACAGAACGGCUUUAACGUGCCUCGGGUGAGGCCGUGUCCGGAGGUUGGUCGGUACCUCAGCCUGUCAGAGGAGGAGCUGGGGAGAGUCGACCCCACCUCCUUAAAAGAAUCUGUGAGGAGACUUCUAUGUGACGCUCACAUGUGUUUGUACCACAGUCCCGAGCUCACCCUAUACAAGUGAUACAAAAAAAAAAAAGUUUAUAAUGAGAACAUUAUUGUUUUUGUUGAUGAGUUUCAGAAUGAUGAAACUCAUCAUCAACAUUUUAAAAGGCUUCUACCUGAUUUCAAACCAUAAGUCACCACUUGUAAUAUUAAUAUGUAAUAUUGUACAAUAUUGCGUGAUGUAAAGAGCAUUUGGCUUGAGUGGAAUAAAUUAAAAUCAGUUACAGGCUCUUAAUAUCUAAAUAUCAUCAUAUCUUUUAAAUGGGUAAAAAAUUCUCAAAAUGCUGCAUAUAACAGGAAGCUGAAACAUAUAAACAGUCACUCUUGCUUAAAGGUGGGCAGUUUGAAAGUGAGUGACAGGCAGAUUUAACCAAUCACAGUGAAGUGUGAACUCUCAAAAGAAGAAGAGGGUUUUAGUUACCUCUUAAAGUCAAUAUAAAGUUGUUAACUGUGCAAACAAAUAAUUUACAUUGUUUGUUUUACAUGAAGGAAAUGGUGAUUUGGUUUUCAUUUUAUUUUCACCAAAAGCUGCCUUGUUCAAAGUUGCACUAACAACAGCUAGAAUCACAUUUUUCUAUGCAUAAAACACAUGUGCCAUUGUAAAAGCUGCUCUUAUUUUCUAGUGCCUUGGUUUGCAAAUAAAAGUGUGCAAUUUCACAUAAUGUAAAUACACUUGCAAACACUGACAUUGACAAACUGUUUAAGCAAAUGGUGCUCAGCUUUGGAUGGACUGUUCUGGCUUUGAAGCCAAAUUCCAUUUAUUCCAUCCCAUUUAUUUUCCCCAUAAUCCGUUCCAAAACAGUUUAAAGGUGCAGUGCGGACCUUUUCUGAUUCUAUUCUCCAUGGAGACGUUACUGUUUUUUUGCCUGUAAUUUUGCACAGUUUGGCAGUGAAACCUAUCUAUCUCCAUGGAGACAAGCCAAGCAAUAAAAAACACUACAAUUGAAUAAAUGCAUUUUAGAUAUAGUAUAAAACCACCGAUUACAUCUCCAGAGACAAUCAGAUGUUCACACCAGAAAAGUUACUUAGUCUAAACCUAGUUUUGACCAUUACAAACAUGUUUUGAAAUGUCUCUGUGUGCCAGAUGCCCUCCCUGUGUCUCCAUGGGGUUUUAUUCUGUGUUAAAGCUGCUAACCCUGUAGUUUAGACCUCUACAAAACAUGUUCUGAAAUGCAUGGGAUUCUUGGAUUUACUUUUAGACCCAGAAGAUUCCACCCACUGCUGAACUCUAUUGCAGCAGUACUAUUUUGUGUUUACUGUUUUCACCUCUACUCCUACUCUGUCCACAAACUGUUGUGAAUGUGAUGGAUGCCUGACAGAUUUGCACUGCUUUUACAUGUUAUUUGUUUGUAAAAGAGAAAUGAAGAAACACAAUGUGAAUUCUGCACAGGGUUUAUAAACUGUUUAAAUAUUACAGCCAUAUGAACUAAACUGAGCUAUUAAAGGCUCUUAAUACUUUCUAAAA